GCUUCAGUCGUCUAACGGAGUUCAAACCAGCUGGGCAGAAAAGUUCUGGGCAGCUUUUUGGCAGCAAAGCUGCAGUCGUUUAUUGUAAAGUUGUUUCGAGUUUUUUUGCGAAUAUUUAUGCCCGUCGCAGCAGCAGCAACAGCAGCCGCCAAACAUAAACAAGUGCGUUCAAAAUCGCUGUGGAAAUAUAAAUGACGCAUUCGUGCCGUUCUGUUAUGCUGAGGUGCACAAAAGAGCCAUAAUAAUUAAUAAAACAACAACAACAACAACAAAACAACAAAAAAACAAAACUAUUUUGAAAUCAACGGGGCAAUCGGCCAUUGAUUAACCAUUCUAAAAGUUUGCCAGCCGUGUUCUGAAACACGAAAAUAGCCAGUGAAGUGUUAAAAAACAACAAAAAAAAAAAAAAAAAAAAAAUUGGAAACAUAUACAUACAUAUGUACAUGUGCCCAUGUGUGUGUGUUGUUUAUACAUACAUAGUACUUGCGAAACACAUUGCUACGCCUGAACAAAAGAACUGAGGCAAUAAAAGGAAUAAUGCUCAAGCUGUUCGUGUUGCAAAUAAUAACGAUAUGUCUAUUAUUAACGCACGUUAAUUCAGGUGUGCCAAUUGGAACUGGUGGACCAUCGCUCAUAUACGAAAACAAAGACGCUCUGUUAACGUGCGUUGUCUCCGAAAAUGCAUCGAAUAAUACGGUGAUAUGGAAGAAGGGUGACGAAAUCUUGACGGCUGGCACAGUGCGUGUCACCAAGGAUCAUCGUAUUCGGGUUUUGCACGAUGAGAAUCCAAAGGGGGCUAAUAUGGAAAUGGGCGGAGAGGUUUGGGUAUUGCUGAUCCGAUCCUUGAAGGCAAGCGAUUCGGGCGCCUACAUCUGUGAGUUAAACUCUGAGCCCGUCUUGCGCAGCAUCCACAUACUGACAGUUAAGGAGCUAUCGCGGGGUUCGCAGAUGAAUAGCACUGAUCCAGUUGCGGCCGAAUCGAGUGACGUGUUCCUUUUACCGCCGCCCCUCAAUGCGCAGGACAAUCGCAGCUUUUGGAGCCCGAGUCAGUCGCCCCCGCAGCUGACCCAUGAUUUUACCGAGUGCUGUGAGCGUGCGAAUGUCUCCUCGCAGUGCAUGGGCUUUUGCAAUGUUCACAAUAUAUUGGAUGGCACAACUGGCAUCGAUCCCGAGGCCUGCGAAAAGGACUUUCCGAGCAUAGUGAGAUGCAUGGCCGACGGCCGCAAUCAUGUGCCGUGCUGUGUGGAAAAGCAAAUACCGGAUCUGUGCCAGGACAUGUGUCGCGGUGAAUAUACACCCUUCACCGACAAGCUAAAGACGCGCGUCUCCUGUGUGCAGCACACUCUAACGGGGCUGCAGUGCAUCCUCAAGGGUAUACAGCUGAUACCCAGUACGCCCGUCCUAGUCUCGAUUGAAGAUGUGCGCGAGACCAGCGUCAACAUCAGUUGGGCCCCACCGCAAAAGCUGGCCGACCAGGUCGCCUAUUACACUGUGAACCUCACCAUUUUGCACAGCUUCGACGAGGAUGAGCUGAGCGGUGAGGUCAGGCACCAAACACAAGAUGCUUCCGAUAGGGAGCAGAAACCGGAGCUAGUCAUGUUAUACAAUGUGACGGCCAAUGAAACAUUUCUCUCGCUCAACACGCUCAUCCCGCUCACCAUGUAUGCUGUUGUCUUGACGGCCGUUAACGAGUUCGGUUCCAGUUUGCCUAGUGAACGGCUUCGUUUCUUCACACACACUAGCGCCUCGGUGGCCGAGUCGCAGGCGGGCAGCGCGGACAAGCAGGUGAUGCCCACGUUGCCGGACAUACGAAGCUGCUGCGAGUCGAGUGGCAUGACGCAUCGCUUGUGCAUGGAUAAGAUGUGCGAUCCGCAGAAGACUGACCUGGCCACGCUGCCCGAUCUUAUGGUAUGUGCGCCUUGGUCGAACAUCACCUUCAGCUGCCUGGCCAAUAACAUGGAUCAUACGCCCUGUUGUCGUGCCCGUGGCAUACCUUCGGCUUGUUUCCCCAUUUGCGCUGGAAAGCUGACUUCACUGGACUUCAGUUUGUUCAAAUGUCUGCGCUUUAUGUCAGAGUACAGCAGCUGCCUGUAUCAGGGCUAUGGUGUGCUAGCCGAUCCUCCAUCGAAGCUGCGUACAGUUGCAAAAACGGAUAACUUUGUCAUACUGGAUUGGAAUAAUCCCAAGCGGCUGGGCGGCACUGUGGAGACCUUUCACGUCAAGUUCCGGCGUCUUGGCGUUGGCGAUGACUAUCUGACAGUGGAAAAGCGUCAGCCGCCACUCAUUCUGGAAGGCUUGGAGCCGGACAUCUAUUACGAGUUCUAUGUGGUAUCAAUUAAUGCGUACGGAAAAAGCGAGCCGUCUCCACGUCUUAUCACCCGCACGCUGCCCGCUGAGCUGGUCGCAAUGCCUGCGGCCAAAUACAACAUGACGACGUGUUGCAAGGCCUCCGGCCUGCUGCCACAAUGUGCCCCACUCUGUUCAUACAAUAUACGGCUGUCGGACAUUGAAAAUCUCGGUCCGGCAUGCCGUGCCCAAAUGCCCAUACUGGCACGCUGUGCAGCUGGCGGACGUGACCACAGCCCCUGCUGUAGCAGACGCAGUGUUAUUAACGCGUGCAUGCCACUUUGCCGUGGCGUCAUGCCACUCGCACUGACCACCAGAUCGACAGCAGCCGGAACAGGAGCAAGCGGCGGCAUCUCAACUGCAUCUACUUUGGCCAGCAAUAUGCCCGAUUGUUUGUCAUACGCUGGCAACAUAUUGCAGUGCUUCGAGGAAGGCACAAAUAAUAUACCAGGACCACCAGAAGAUGUGCACGCAACGUCAGUGACUGGCAACAGCAUAAGUGUAGCCUGGACGCCACCCAAUGUGGACGCCACAACUGCCACAUCUGCCACGCCCGCUGACAUGACAACUGGCGAUGAGCUGGCAGCAGCUGCUGGCAGCGUUGUGGCCGGCGAUGUUGCAACAACAGCCGACUUGUCGCACUCUGCUGGUACUGCAGCUGAUACUGCUAAUGAUGCUAAUGAUCAUAUUGAAUUCGUUGUUCAAUAUGGCCGAGUCAAUAACAUGACCAUGUACGAGACGAUUGCCAAAUUGGAAAACGAAUUGACCACCAACGAGACGAGCAUAGAUCUGACCAAUUUGGAAGAGAAUGCCUUAUACCGCAUUAUGGUUGUGGCGCGUGGAAAAUUUGGCACAUCGCUGCCGGCAUCAAUGCUGCUGAUAAAUACGACAAGUGCUGGCGAAAAAGCUGAAUAUCAGAACGGAACCUGGGGCGCGCCAUCGCCGCCUCACUCUCUGACCGUGCUAACACAUAGCGCGACCUGGAUGCAGCUGACCUGGCAGCCGUCAGAGUAUUCGCAUCCGCACGAGCGUAUUACCUACAGAGUCUACCACAAGGCAAUGAACGCAGCGGACUUUACCAAAAUUGAGACGAAAUUGGCCUGGCUGCGCAUGACCAAUCUGAAGCCCAGCUCGCAGCAUGUGCUCUAUGUGGAGGCGGUUGGCGAGCGGGCGACGUCGCUGCCCUCAGAGACGCUUGUGGCCUGGACGGAUCCCGCGCUGCCCGCCUUCGUGGAUCCCCCAACAGUGCAUCCGGUCGACAACAUACCCGAGGGCGGCUCUAUGACCAUUCUGUGUCUGGCUCUGGGCAACCCGGCGCCUACAAUAUCGCUGUACGUGGGCGGUCACUUGGUGCGACAGGACACUUCCCGGCACAUGGUGACAGUCAUACACAAUGUCUCCGCGGACAUGGAGCACGUGUCGUGCUACGCGGACAAUGGCUAUGGUGUACCCAUGCAAGCCACCAGACGCGUUAAUAUCUGCUAUCCACCAAAGAUUCAAGCGGCUGGCAUAACUGUCGCCUCCAUUGGGGAUGAGGUGGAACUGCGUUGCAUGGUGGACUCGAAACCGGCACCCAAGACCAUUUUCUGGCGCGAUCACGAUGGGCGCGUGCCCGUGCCACAGGGCGGCAACUAUUACGUGUCGGUCACGAAUGUUUCCACAAUUUACGCAAUGUCGCUGCGCAUCAGCAAGCUGCAAGCCAACGAUGUGGGUGACUAUUUCUGCCAUGCGGAGAAUCCAUUUGGCUCGUCUACGACGCCGGUAUCGGUGCGUAUACGCAAUACGCCUAAUCUAAGCCGCAAUGUAUCGCAAUGCUGCGCCGAGCAAAACGUAUCGCUAACCUGUCGGGAUGCUUGCACGUACUACGUGGACUUUGACGCAAUUGCCAACAGACCCGAGUGCAUCGUUGACUUUGACAAGUUGAUGAAGUGCGCCGCCGAUGGGUCGGACCAUCGAUCUUGUUGCGCCGACGAGCAGGUGCCACGCAAAUGCCUGAACUGGUGCCGUGGCGAUUCGGUGCGCUCAAAGGAAAUCUGUAGUCUGCAGUAUGCCAGGACUAUCAUUGGCUGCUUCGAGAAGAACCGCGACCGCCUGCCGGGACCUCCAGAGAAUGUUGUGGUGAGCGUGCUGUCGGACAACGAGGUGAACAUCAAAUGGGAUGCUCCAACAAAGAAUCCAAAUGCCGUCGACGGCUAUAGAAUAUAUUACCAUGAGGCCGCCUUGCUGCCGCCAUUGUCGGCGGCGCAGCCAAACGAAUCUUCGAUGGAGCCUGGUCUGGAUACACUAGCCUCCAUGAAUAAUGCAACAAGUAUGGGCAACAACAACAACAACAAUAGAAUAGCAGGCGCAGUGGAAAUUCAACGCAUCGACGUAAAGGACACAAUAAUAAGCAUUAAUGGCCUGAAGAAGGACGUGCUGUACGAGCUGGUGGUAAAGGCUGGCAAUACAUACGGUGCCAGUGUACUUACCGAUCCGAUUAGAUUCACCCUGGGCGAACAGCAAGUCACCUCGGCCACCAGCAGCUACUCCAGCGCCGUUGGCACAAUCAGCGGCAUUGUGGCAAGCAUUUUGGCCAUCCUCUUAGCGGCAGCCGCCAUUGUCUUCUAUCGUCGCCACCGUUCCCAUCAUGGUAAGGCGGGCGGCAAUGGCAAUGUGGCCUUCGAGAAUCCUACCUAUACACGUGGCCUGGAACAGGUGCAGUUACCCACUGUGACAUCGGCCAUCACAACACAAAAUGGAAACAAUCACACGCAUGGCAGCAGCAGCAGCACAGGCAACAGCCUGGGCGCACAGAAUGGCAGCAACAGCCACAAUCACAAUGGCCUUGCAGCCACAAUGACGACAUCCGCAUCGACGACUACGGCCGCGGCGCCUGAUACGGGGACCACAGCCAAGGGGGGCAGGCAGCAGCGAAAUGGUCGCGGUCUCUCGGAUGCGGCGCAUCAUUUUCACAACCCGCUUACGAACACGCAGUGCAAUGAAGUAAAUCCCUCAAUUUAUGAAGAGCUCAAACUUGGCCAAGAAGGUGCUGGAUUUAGGAAACUUGUGCCAUAAAUGACAAGCGCGCACAACGCCUACAAGAACCGAAAUCCCCAAACAUCUCAAGUUUAGCUAGUUAGCUUACAUAUGUGUCUGUAUGUAUGUAUAUCCGCAUACAUAUAUGCACAUAUGUUUGUACAUACUUACAUUCGUUCGUACAAUGUAGACAAUGUACAAUCGCAAAAUGUAGACAUAGGCCGUGUUAACAGCGCAAAGCGCAGCCACAAUCCCCACACUCACGCACACACACACACACAAAUACGCACAGAGCUCAUAUAUACACACACACACACGCAUAAACAGACACUCGCACACACACACACACACGAACAGACAGACACACACGCUGACAUCUUUACAGAAUGCAUUGCGAGAAAUACCUGGGUAAUAUUGUGUAGAAAACGAUUGCUAAGAUUUUGUUAGUGUAACGUAACAAAUUUGUAGUAUGUAACUGUGAUUGAAAAUUGUGUAAAAUAAAUUUAAUUGGUAACAGUACUAAGCUGCUCGUGUAAGCUACAAAUUGAUUCAAAUCUAAA